AUGCCCACCCCUCGCCGUCCCACCAGGCACAAGCCAUGCGCGGGCCUUUUACCACCCCCCCACCACAACACAAACACACAGCAACACAGCACAAGUCCACAGAACCACACGGAGAAUUAUCCCGUCGUCCCACCACCUAGCACGACGCUCAACAGUGAUGUAGCGUUGCAUCCCAUCUGUACCUCCGUACAACGGACCCUAAUGUCCAGCUUGCACAGUCCAGUCCAGCCCAGCACGCUCUGGAGGAGGGGGAGGGCGAUGGAGGACGAGGAAAAGUGUCAGCUGUCCGAUACAGGUGGCCACACACGACCAGAUGGCCAGCCAACAGCUGUCCAAGCACUGCAGGACCCCCCCAGCUCGUGGGCCGUGGCGACACGACCAUGUCUCAGCGUCUCAGACAUGCUAGUUAUGCUGUCUCUUGUUUGUUUUUGUUUUUUGGGGAGGGGAAGGGGGGCGAGAACAGAGAGGGGAGGAGGGGAAGGGCGCCGGCCCGAGGAGAACAGCGCUUCGGGUCGGGAGAGGCGGGCGAUGUCUCACUCCCCGCCUCGAAUUGUCUUGUCUCUCUUUUCUUCGAGUGGGAUCGAGGCUGUUGGUUCCACUCGGGAUUUGGGUGGUUCAGCUGCCGCUUGUUAG